CCACGACAGCCAAACUUGAUCCUGAGCAACAUGACUAUCACUGUCGUUCUUGGGGCCCAAUGGGGCGACGAAGGCAAAGGCAAAUUGGUUGAUGGACAGUGCCAGGAGGCGCAACUUUGUGCCCGAGCCGCGGGUGGUAACAAUGCCGGACACGAAGUGCGUAUCAACGGUGUUUCGUAUAGCUUUCACCUCUUGCCCUCUGGGCUUAUCAACCCAAAAUGCAUGAACUUCAUCGGUUCGGGCGUAGUCUUUCAUGUCCCAAGUUUCUUCAGCGAGCUCCAGGAGCUCGAGGACAAGGGCCUGGUUGCGGUACAUGAUCGGAUUCUUGUUUCUGACAGGGUCAAUGUCCUCCUGGACAUGCAUAUUGCAGUGGAUGGUCUCGAGGAGAGGGAACUUGGAGACUCAGCUAUCGGAACAACAAAACGCGGCAUUGGCCCCUGCUAUCAGACAAGCAGAGCGCGAACUGGCAUCAAAUUGACUGAUGUCUUCCACCCUGAACUUUUCGAACAGAAGGUGAGACGCUUGGCCGAUGGCUAUCAAAAGCGCUUCGGAGAACUGUUCGAAUACGACAUCAAGGCCGAACUUGCUCGUUUCGAUGAGUACAGGGAGACGCUGAAGAAGUACGUCGUGGACGGCGUGUCCUUCAUGAGAUCCGCACAGCAGAGCAACACCAAGAUUGUGAUUGAAGGCGCAAACGCACUGAUGCUCGAUGUUGAUUAUGGCUCCUACCCAUUCGUCACUUCCUCAAGUACUACGCUUGCUGGUAUCAUUGGUGGACUCACACUGAACCCAAAGAACAUCACAGAGGUGGUUGGAGUGGUCAAGGCUUACACAACCCGUGUCGGGUCGGGAGCCUUCAAGACCGAAGAUACCGAAGAGAUUGGCACCAAGCUCCAGGAGAUUGGACGCGAAUGGGGAACGUCGACUGGCCGCAGACGCCGAUGUGGAUGGCUCGGUAGGCACAACCUCAAAUCCCUGGGUAACCUCGUUGUUGUCAAGUACAGUAACUCGAUCAACUACUACGACAGCCUGAAUCUCACCAAGCUCGACAUUUUGGAUACUUUCGAAACGAUCAAGAUCGCCAUCGCUUAUAAGAUCGACGGAGAGGAACUGGACUCUUACCCUGCGGAUCUUGACAUCCUGGAACGAGCCGAGGUGGUCUACCACGAGAUGCCAGGCUGGCAAAAGCCGACCACCAACGCGAAGACCUACUACGAUCUCCCCAAGGCGGCCCGCGAUUACGUCGAGUACAUCGAGAAGUUUGUCGGAGUCAAGAUCAAGUACAUCGGCACUGGUCCUGACCGUGACGCCAUGAUCCAGCGCGCCUGA